CAUAGAGUUGCUAAUUGAUGGAAUAUACGUAUGUACUGACUUAGCCUAUUACAUCAACGUUAUAUGUAAUAAAACUAUAAAAAUAUUUUUUUAAUAAAUAAGGUUUUUUUUUUCUUCGCUUUCGCUGUGUUUUUCUUCUUUCUCACGACCUCUCUCUAUUUCUCUCUCUGCCGUCUCUUUUGUUCUCUCUCUAGAAAAGCUCGAGGACCUGCCAUUAAUCCAUUCGACGAUUGAGCUUUUCACAGCUCUUUCUUCCAUCAUCCUAGUUUGAAAGAGAGAUAAGCUUUAAGAGGCAUGUCCGAGACUACUAAUGGAGAUUCUGGAGCAGGGAGAUCAACGGAGGAGAGUUCAAAUGGACAAAGAAGCCAAUCAGCAGAAGCACUUGCGGAGUGGAGAUCCUCUGAUCGAGUGGAGAAUGGGACUCCUUCGACAUCGCCACCGUACUGGGACAUUGAUGAAGAAGAUGACUUUGGAUUAAAACCUUCUGAACUGUUUCGGAAACAUACUUGGAAGAUUGAGAAAUUUUCAGAAAUCAACAAACGGGAGCUCCGUGGCGAUAAUUUUGAUGUUGGUGGCUACAAAUGGUAUAUAUUAAUUUAUCCACAAGGGUGUGAUGUUUGCAACCAUCUCUCUUUGUUUCUCUGUGUUGGAAACCAUGAGAAGCUUCUUCCAGGAUGGAGUCAUUUUGCUCAGUUUACUAUAGCUGUGAUAAAUAAAGAUCCAAAGAAAUCGAAGCAUUCAGAUACAUUACACCGGUUUUGGAAGAAAGAGCAUGAUUGGGGAUGGAAAAAGUUUAUAGAGUUACCUAAAUUAUUAAACGAUGGUUUCAUAGAUGAUUCUGGCACUCUUAUAAUUAAGGCUCAAGUUCAGGUGCUCAGAGAUAGGGUGGACCGACCUUUUCGCUGCCUUUAUUUUCAGUAUAGGAGGGAACUUGUUAGGGUGUAUAUGAAUAAUGUAGAGCAAAUUUGCGGGCGGUUUGUGGAAGAGAGAAGAAGCAAGCUUCGUAGGUUGAUAGAGGACAAGGCAAAAUGGAAAAGCUUUGGUGCCUUCUGGUUAGGGCUGGACCAAAACUCAAGGCGUCUGAUGUCUCGGGAGAAAAUGGAUGUGAUUUUAAAAAUUGUUGUAAAACAAUUUUUCAUCGAGAAGGAAGUUACAUCCACUUUGGUGAUGGAUUCCUUGUAUAGUGGGUUGAUGGCUCUUGAAGACCUAACUAAGAACAAAAAAAGUAGGCCGAGACUGAUGGAUAACGAAGAUUCGCCAUCUCCAGUCGUUAACGUGGACAAAGAUAUGUUCAUAUUAGUUGAUGAUGUACUGUCACUCCUAGAGAGGGCUGCCCUGGAGCCAUUGCCUCCAAAAGAGGAAAAUGGUCCUCAAAACCGUACGAAGGAUGGGAAUGCUGGGGAAUUCAGGACUGAGCGUGAUGAGAAGCGUUUAACUGAGUUGGGUAGACGAACUGUGGAGAUAUCUGCUCUUACACAUAUCUUCAGCAACAAAAUUGAAGUUGCAUACCAAGAAGCUAUUGCAUGGAAAAGGCAAGAAGAGCUUAUUCGCGAAGAAGAGGAAGAGGUGCUGGCAGAAAGCGAACAGAAGGCCAAAAGAAGAGCAGCCGAAAAAGAGAAAAAAUCUAAGAAGAAACAGGCUAAACAGAAAAAGAACAAAAAUAAAGGAAAGGAGAAAAGGAAAGAAGAGAAGGUGAGAUCACAAUCAGAAGAAAGGGAUAUCGCGAAAGAGGAAUGUGUGAGAGCGAAAGAAGAAACGUCCGCUGAGAAACCUGACACGCAUGGAGAUGUAUCUGAUGUUUCUGAUUCAGUAGAAAGUUCAGCUGAUAUUCUUCAGCUUGAUUCAGAAGAUAGAGAGAGCAUCCCUGUUCAUUGGGAAAUAGAUGCCUCAGAGACUCAUUCUCCCCCUUCAGGGGACACUAGCAGAGGAAGAGACAGUUCCAUAUCCAUACCUAAUGGAGUUGCAGAUGGAAAAUGUAUCUCCACAAUGGAUGAUAGUUCUUCAACCUGCUCUAAUGACUCGAUCCAAUCAGGGGGAGCCAAUGGGUCAUACAAAGGGAAUGCUUUAAACUGCCGAAGCCAGAAAUGGCUUAGCAAGUCAGUAAAUGUAAAAACAAAUCCAGGAAAAGUCUCUGAUGCUAACAGUUUAGCCAGUGAAACAGAGGAACAACCUUCAAGACAUGCAUCUGACCCUAAGAAUCAAAGCCAUUCUUCUGAGAUACGCAGAGUUGGUGAAGCUGACGUGGUUAUCUCUCACAUUCACAAACCAGUGAGCCCUGAGGAGCAUAACCCUGUUAGCAAGAUGCUUCACGGCACGGUUCAGACGCAAGAGAAAAGCCCUGCUGUACUUUCCUCGCCCGGAGCUGCUCACUGGAAUCAUCUCUCAUCUGUAGCACAAGCAAAACCGGAGAAAAAGAUUGUUUCAAAUGUAGAUGCUGCUCCGAACAGGAAAGCAAUACCUGCUGCUAGAUCACCUUCAUCAGAUCAACAAGCAUCACCAUCUCGAGACAUUCAGUUUCAAACUGUGCCUCCUAGAGCCGGUGGACAGAAAACAGCUUCUCCAACAAAACCCACGGGACAACCAGCACCACCUUCUAUGUUGUCAAGGCCGUUGAGUGCUCCUCUAAUCCCUCCAAAGCAAGCUGCACCUGUGAUAAUAUCUCCUGUUCAAGCCUCAGCAACAUCUCUUGCUCGUUCAAUGAGCUCAACAGGCCAUAGGCAAACGUACAUUCCUCAAUCCUAUAAACAUGCCAUAGUUGGUUCACUUUCUUUCAACCACUCAAGCUCUCAACCGACGGGAACAACGACCGCAUCACCGUCUUAUUCACAAUCGCCUCCUAUCUCAGGCUUCCCUAUCAACGGUGGCUCGCGGGAUGUUUCGUCUGGUGAACACGGCUUGUGGACUGCUGGUUCGAGUUCAAACAAAGAAACGACAACAACAUCAACCAGCGGGAAUCAUAGGAUGAAUCUCCCUUACAACCCACCCGUAAGUACGACGACACAGAGUCUGAUGACCGAUGAGUUCCCUCAUCUUGACAUCAUCAAUGACCUGCUUAAAGACGAACACGGUUCGAUGGACAAUAACAGCGUAUACUGUGUACCACAACGGUUCAAUAUGUACUCAUACCACGGUGGUGCGGAUUUCGGGAUCUCUGGGAGGUCAAGGAGCUACAGUGACGAUGGGUUUCACCAGUCUUACGGUGAAUACAUGUCUUCUUCUUCGCCGUAUGGGAACGGGCAAAUGGAUGGGUUGACACAGACGCAGUGGCGUAUGGCGAAUAUGGACUUGUCUUUACUCGCUACGAGGAACCAGGACGAUGCAGCAGCAAGUAAUUACUCUUACUUUGACUUAGAUUCAUCAAACCAGAAUCUGUCAGCUGGAAUCAACGGCUACAGAGACUUCAGGCCAUCGAACGGUCACUGAGGUUUUUUGGGUUUAAGGGGGUGGUUAAGCAUACGUUAUCUUUUUUUUAUACAUAGAUGGAAAGAACAAUGAACAAAACAAAACAGACAAACCAUUUGUGUAAAGGGAGUUUUCGUCCUCUUCGUUUCAAAUGAAUUCUUUCUCUAGGUUUAUUUUCUUUAAUAAGAUUAUGUCUUUCUUAAUUCGUUUUGGUGUCAAUGAUGUUUGGAAUCUCUCCGUUAAAGAGUAGGCUUCGCGAA